AUGCCACGAAAAGCAGCGAGGCCUAUCCAGCGUAAAGGCCCUGCCUUUAAACCUCCGCGGCCUGUCAAACAAUCCGCGCACGCUUCCAACCUAACCACAACAAAACUUGCACCAGGCCCGGGCGCACCCCGUUCAGCCCCUCCGAACAGGGGCAUUGGGCCAUCACGGCCCGGUGCUGAACCCACUACGACACUCAUCUCAUCUGAUUCUGAGAGCGAAAACGGAGAUGCCCUCUCGGCUUCAGAUGGUGACGAACCCAUGGAGGACGUGACGGAUAACGGAGGACAACGCGCUUUACCGCCAGCAACCGAACUAUCGCGAGACCCCAUACCACCGCCGCUGCUCGUCAGAAUACUACACGAAGGAUUUGAGGACAAGGAUAUCAAAAUCAAGGCCGGCGCGAUGCAUCUCGUCGGGGAAUAUAUGAAUAUUUUCGUUCGCGAAGCCAUUAUGAGGGCGCAUUUCGAACGAAACGAAGCAAACAAGGCAGGCGGCAUCUCAGAUGAUUUCUUGCAAGUUGAGGACCUGGAAAAACUGGCCCCGCAGUUGAUACUGGACUUCUGA